GUGUGUUGCAAGAGGUUUAGGGGAAGUGACUGCUGAAAUCAGAGUAUAAAUGGUUUGCAAGGUCAGUCUCUGGAGCAGUUAGUGAGUAAAACAGGAGUGGAAAUAACACAAAGUACUCAAAAAAAGUAGGGUCCAAUACUGGAUGUGUUUGGAUGAGUUUCUGAAUCUCUAGAAUGUUGUUCCUGGGCUAUGCAGCUCUGCUCUUAUGUUGGACGUGUUGUACUGCACAAAGAGCUUGUGAAGAACCUCCUCCCAGGAGGGUUAAGGAAGUGCCUACUAAAAUAUGGGACAAACCUCCCUAUCCACAUGGUACUCAAGCAACAUAUGGUUGUCGGCCUGGAUAUAUAAAACCUGGACGAAUUAUGUUUAAGUGCGUUGACGGGGCAUGGCAGCAGCAGCCCCCAGUGAUAGAAUGCCAAAAUAAGCCCUGUGGGCAUCCUGGAGAUACUCAGUUUGGUUCCUUUGAACUUACUGCUGGAAGUGAAUUUGUAUUUGGUGCCAGAGUUGAGUACAGAUGUAAUGAUGGAUACCAGAUGCUCAGCCAAAGAAAUUACCGUGAAUGUCAGGCAGAUGGAUGGAGCAAUGAUAUCCCUCACUGUGAAGUGGUAAAGUGUUUACCUGUACAGGCACCAGAAAAUGGAAGAAUAAUUAUGACUGGUGCAUUUGAGCUAGACCAAGAAUAUGCCUUUGGCCAAGUUGUAAAUUUUGAAUGUAAUGCAAAAUAUAAGCUUGUUGGAGCUAAAGAAAUAAUUUGCUCGUCUAAUGGAAGAUGGAGUAACGAUGUGCCUCAGUGCCGAGAUAUUAGCUGUGAUGUGCCAGAAAUUCCGAAUGGAUAUGUACGUUCUCCAAAGCAGUCUUACAAGGAAUCGGAAAUACUGCGGUUUGCCUGUAACGAUGGAUACAGCUUUGGUGACAGAUCAGAUGCACUAUGCACUGAAACAGGAUGGAAUCCACCUCCCUAUUGCACUGAAAUUGUAUGCUCUGCUCCAGUAGUUCGCCAUGGGAACUUUAGACCUGACAAAGGCAGCUACAAAGCGGGUGAUACAAUCACGAUACAGUGUGAUCUUGGAUAUCAUUUUAAAGCAUUGACUGGCGGAAACACAGCUAAAUGUACCGGGAAUGGCUGGGUGCCUGAGCCAGCUUGUGUCUCGAAGCCAUGUGACUACCCAGUCAUAGAAAACGGCGGGUUAAAUAAUGCAUAUGAGAAACACAGAUACUAUUACUUUCCCAUGAGAUUUGGGCAGAGUGUUGACUACUACUGUUUCCAAGAUUAUUCAACCCCCACUGGAAAUACCUGGGUUCGAAGUUUUUGUUCCGAAACGGGCUGGUCUCCAGUGCCAAAAUGCCUGAAAAAAUGUUAUACCAGGCAGCUGAUAAAUGGUUAUUUCCCAAGACACCAGAUGGAUUUUUACAAAGAAGGUGAAACAGCUACAUAUGACUGCAAGAAUGAUUACCAUGCUGAGCAUAAAGAAGUCACAUGCACAAGGAAUGGCUGGUCCCCUCAUCCCAGAUGUAUCCCUGAAAUAAAAUGCCAGCCAAACCAUGUUGAGAAUGGUUAUUUCACCUUGUCAAGAAAAGAGUUCCGUUUAAGGGAAGUGGCCCCGUAUAGAUGUAAUACUGGCUUUGUAACUGCAGAAGGACAAGAUGAAGGAGAGACACAGUGCCAAGUUAAUGGCUGGACUCCACCUCCAAAAUGCAUCAAAUUAUGUAAAGCACCAGAGGACAUUUUGAUUCACCACACAAAUAAAACUGUGUUCAUGCCUGAAGAUAGAAUUGAGUAUUCAUGUUUGGAAGGAUAUAAAACUGCAAAUAAUAUGCCAACUGAUACCACAAGGUGUGGCAUAAAUGGUGAAUGGAGUCCAGCACCCGAAUGUCUCGUAAUAGAAUGUGCAAUGCUGACAUUGCCCAAUGGAGAUUUUUAUCCCAAGAAGGGUAAAUACCCCAAUGGAGAUGUUGUGAAAUUUACCUGUGCAAACAAGUUUGUAAGAGUGGGACCUGCCUCUGUUCAGUGCUACUCCUUCGGAUGGUUUCCAUCACCACCAGAGUGUAAAGAGAAGGCCAGAGGCUGUGGACCUCCCCCUGAAAUUACCAAUGGAAGUAUUGCUGGUGGCUCUGAGGAAGAGUAUCAACAUGGGGACAGAAAGCACUAUGAGUGUAACAUGGACUUUAAAUUGGUUGGAUCAAAGGAAAUAGAAUGUGUUGAUGGAAAGUGGUCACCUCCUCCCUCUUGCAUUGAAGACAAAAUGCCCUGUGAAUCACCUUCUUCUAUUCCGAAUGUUGCUCUAUAUCAGGCAGACCAGACCCAGUUUUCACAUGGUGAUCAAGUAACUUGUGGAUGUAAACCAGGCUCUGGCAAUUCUAAGCAAAUGAAAAUAAAAUGUCUUAAUGGAGAAUGGAAGCCUUUACCUCUUUGUGCUGAUCCAUCUCCUCAGUGUGAACUUCCAGUGGGUGUUGAGUUUGUAAGCUAUGGUGGACAUUCCAUGUCAAGAAGGAGGACUGGGUUUUAUAAAGUUAUACGUUACAGAUGUACAUCAGCCGACAAAAAUAUUAAACAGGCAACUUGUGUGUCUGGAAUUUGGACACCAGAGAUUGAAUGUCCAGCUGAGGAGGGUGUGUGCCCACCUCCACCUCAGGUGUCUGGUGCUCAACAGACAACAGCUGGAAGAAAUUACAGGCAUGGGAGUAAAAUAGCUUUUUCAUGUGCCAGUGGUUUCCGGCUCAUCGGUGCAAAAGAAAUAACCUGCAUAGAAGGGAAAUGGCAAUCACCACCUCAGUGUGUGGAAAGACCAUGUUUGCCACCACAGCCUGUAGAAUGUGCUGAUGCUCCCAGGUUGGAAAAUCCAAACUUAAAAAUUGAAAUAGAAGGGAAAUCAAUUUAUCUGACUGGUGCUAAAUUUAAGUAUGUUUCUCGUUCUGGAUACAUGUUAAAUGGAACAACUGAGAUAACUUGUUCUAUGGGAGAAUGGACUUUAGCUCCUGGAUGCUUGGAAAUGUCAUGUGGAAGUAUUCCAAAAGUUGCCAAUGCUCAGUUUGAAGGCAGAACCAAGGAAACUUAUGAGCCUGGUGAAACAAUUCGCUACGAGUGUGAUGCAGGGUUCCAGAUUGUUGGUUCCCCCGAAAUCCGUUGCAGAGAAGGAAAUUGGACACCACCGCCCUUCUGUGAAGAUGUUAGCUGUGGACCUGUACCUGAAAUCCCCAAUGGUCAUGUUGCAGGCACUCAACAGGAGAGGUAUCUGCCCAGUGCCAGAGUGCAUUAUCAAUGUGAAAGCAAUUUUCAAAUGAUAGGUGGAAAUUUCAUCACUUGUUUAAAUGGUGAAUGGUCACAAGCACCAGUGUGCAGAGAUGUGACAUGUGAACCUCCUCCAGAAAUUGCUGGUGGUAGGAUUAAUAUUAAAAAGUCAAAGUAUCUCCCUGGGGAGACUGCUAACUAUGACUGCUGGCAAGGUUUUAAGAUGACUGGGACUUCCACUGUAGUGUGCCAGAAUGGGACCUGGACAGAGCUACCAAAGUGCAAAGGAAAAGGUGGGAAAUGUGGCCCACCUCCAGCUAUUGAAAACGGAGAGCUUCUUUCCUUCCCCAAGCCAGAAUAUCAACAAGGUACAACUCUGGAAUACAAAUGCCCAAGCUUCUAUGUCUUGAAAGGAUCUCAGUAUAUCACUUGUACUGAUGGGCAGUGGUCAAGCCCCCCUGUUUGCCUAGUGGCCUGUACAGCAUCAGAAGAAGAUAUGGACAGAAACAAUAUUGAGCUGAAAUGGUCCAGAGAAACCAAGCUGUAUUCCACAUCGGGUGAUCAUAUUGAAUUUGACUGUAAAGCAGGAUAUGUGAAAGAGCAAGAGCCUUCCCACUACAGAGUCCAGUGUGUGGAGGGAGUGUUGGAUUACCCACGAUGCAGGCUGGGCAGGAGCUGUACAGUGAAUACGGAGCAUAUGGAAAGCAACAAUAUUCAACUACAGUCACGCCAGUCAAGAACUUCCACCUAUCGCUCUGGGGAUUUUAUUUUCUUUGAAUGCAAAUGGUGGCACAAACCACUUUCAAGAGCUGAGAAAUUUAGAGCAGAGUGCCUGGAUGGAGUGAUUACAUAUCCUACAUGUCAACAUAUUAGCUGUGAUGUGCCAGAAAUUCCGAAUGGAUAUGUACGUUCUCCAAAGCAGUCUUACAAGGAAUCGGAAAUACUGCGGUUUUCCUGUAACGAUGGAUACAGCUUUGAUGACAGAUCAGAUGCACUAUGCACUGAAACAGGAUGGAAUCCACCUCCCUAUUGCACUGCGAAGCCAUGUGACUACCCAGUUAUAGAAAACGGCAAGUUAAGAUACGACAGCCGCUCUUACUUUCCGAAGAGACUUGGGCAGAUUGUUGACUACUACUGUUUUAAAGAUUAUUCAACCCUCACUGGAAAUACCUGGGGUCAAAGUUCGUGUUCUGAAAGGGGCUGGUUUCCAGAGCCAAAAUGCCUGAAAAAAUGUUAUGCCGGGCAGCUGAUAAAUGGUUAUUUCCCAAGAGACGGGACAGAUUUUUACAAAGAAGGUGAAAGAACUACAUAUGCCUGCAACAAUUAUUACCGUGCUGAGCAUAAAGUCGUCACGUGCACAAUGAAUGGCUGGUCCCCUCAUCCCAGAUGUAUCCCUGAAAUACAUGAAUAUUCUGAGAUAACUUGUUCUGUGGGAGAAUGGACUUCAGCUCCUGCAUGCUUGGAAAUGUCAUGUGGAAGUAUUCCAAAAGUUGCCAAUGCUCAGUUUGAAGGCAGAACCAAGGAAACUUAUGAGCCUGGUGAAACAAUUCGCUACGAGUGUGAUGCAGGGUUCCUCAUUGUUGGUUCCCCUGAAAUUCAUUGCAAAGAAGGAAAUUGGACACCACCGCCCUUCUGUGAAGAUGUUAGCUGUGGACCUGUACCUGAAAUCCCCAAUGGUCAUGUUGCAGGCACUCAACAGGAGAGGUAUCUGCCCAGUGCCAGAGUGCAUUAUCAAUGUGAAAGCAAUUUUCAAAUGAUAGGUGGAAAUUUCAUCACUUGUUUAAAUGGUGAAUGGUCACAAGCACCAGUGUGCAGAGAUGUGACAUGUGAACCUCCUCCAGAAAUUGCUGGUGGUAGGAUUAAUAUUAAAAAGUCAAAGUAUCUCCCUGGGGAGACUGCUAACUAUGACUGCUGGCAAGGUUUUAAGAUGACUGGGACUUCCACUGUAGUGUGCCAGAAUGGGACCUGGACAGAGCUACCAAAGUGCAAAGGAAAAGGUGGGAAAUGUGGCCCACCUCCAGCUAUUGAAAACGGAGAGCUUCUUUCCUUCCCCAGGCCAGAAUAUCAACAAGGUACAACUCUGGAAUACAAAUGCCCAAGCUUCUAUGUCUUGAAAGGAUCUCAGUAUAUCACUUGUACUGAUGGGCAGUGGUCAAGCCCCCCUGUUUGCCUAGUGGCCUGUACACCAUCAGAAGAAGAUAUGGACAGAAACAAUAUUGAGCUGAAAGGGUCCAGAGAAACCAAGCUGUAUGUCUCAUCGGGUGACUAUAUUGAAUUUCGUUGUAAAGCAGGAUAUGUGAAAGAGCAAGAGCCUUCCCACUUCAGAGUCCAGUGUGUGGAGGGAGUGUUGGAUUACCCACGAUGCAGGCCGGGAAGGAGCUGUACAGUGAGUACGGACCAUAUGGAAAGCAACAAUAUUCAACUACAGUCACGCCAAUCAAGAACUUCCACCUAUCGCUCUGGGGAUUUUAUUUUCUUUGAAUGCAAAUGGUGGCACAAACCACUUUCAAGAGCUGAGAAAUUUAGAGCAGAGUGCCUGGAUGGAGUGAUUACAUAUCCUACAUGUCAACUUUCAUUAGAGUCCAAAUGGUUGUUUUCUUCUGUUCCUCGGAGGCAGUCCUGGUGUCCAGAGGGGCUGCGGCGGCGGCUGCUGCCUCGGCCACAUGGUGGGACGUGGGGGGUGCUGUGUGCGGCAGGAGCAGGGCAGAGGAAGGAUCGGCGGGAUCGGCGGGGGCCGCCAGCAGCGCCGGGGUCUCGGCGGGGCGGCGGUACCGCGGGUGUCCGGUCCGGUCUGUUGCGGGGCGGGGUGCGCCCCGGGCGGCUCGGAAGGUGGGAGCUGGAGCGGCGGGAGCGGGGCUGGCUGAUGUCGGGGCUUCCCCAGAGCCGCGGCACGGCGGGGCCGGCCCGGGGCCGGGAGCCGCGCAGGGGGAUUGCUGCGGAGCUGUUUCUAGCAGCUUUAACCCUUUUUUCGCCAUGCUGGCGUGGUCUAAGUCCCUUGUUAGAAACGGGACUAUCUUUCAGCUCUCGUGUCCCUGUGCUGCUGAGGUCGGUCACUGUAAGACACCCGGAGUGUACCCCUGUAAAACAGCCACAUGUCGCUCCUCCAGAUAUAGGAUUAAAAUGCCAGCCGAUCUAUGUUCAGAAUGGUUAUUUCACCACGUCAAGAACUGAGUUCCGUUUAAAAGAAGUGGCCCCGUAUAGAUGUAAUACUGGCUUUGUAACUGCAGAUGGACAAGAAAAAGGAGAGACACAGUGCCAAGAAAAUGGCUGGACUCCACCUCCAAAAUGCAUCAACGUAUGUUAUACCAGCCAGCUGAUAAAUGGUUAUUUCCCAAGAGACGGGACGGAUUUUUACAAACAAGGUGAAAGAACUACAUACACCUGCAACCCUGAUUACCAUGCUGAGCACCAAGUCGUCACGUGCACAAUGAAUGGCUGGUUCCCUCAUCCCAGAUGUAUCCCUGACAGAGGACAAGAAAAAGGAGAGACACAGUGCCAAGAAAAUGGCUGGACCCCACCUCCAAAAUGCAUCAGUGAGUACCUAAACAUGUCAGAGCUCCCUACCAUUGUCACCAUCAUAGAAAUGGUGUCCUGUGGACUCAGAGUUUUGCCAUCCAGAUUGGUGGAGUUUUCUUACUGGGCAGAGACUCCAAUCUCUGAUCCUUCAGAGGUUAAUCAUUCUCAGGUUCUAGGAUAUACAGAGAGAAAACAUAAAGAGAAGGCCAGAGGCUGUGGACCUCCCCCUGAAAUUACCAACGGAAAUAUUGCUGGUGGCUCUGAGGAACAGUAUCAACAUGGGGACAGAAAGCACUAUGAGUGUAACAUGGAAUUUAAAUUGGUUGGAUCAAAGGAAAUAGAAUGUGUUGAUGGAGAGUGGUCACCUCCUCCCUCUUGCAUUGUCUGUAAAUCAGCAUUAUUUACUACUUAUUAUUUAUUACUUAGUUGCCUGUAUGUCUUGAAAGGAUCUCAGUAUAUCACUUGUACUGAUGGGCAGUGGUCAAGCCCCCCUGUUUGCCUAGUGGCCUGUACAGCAUCAGAAGAAGAUAUGGACAGAAACAAUAUUGAGCUGAAAGGGUCCAGAGAAACCAAGCUGACUUCCACAUCGGGUGACUAUAUUGAAUUUCGUUGUAAAGCAGGAUAUGUGAAAGAGCAAGAGCCUUCCCACUUCAGAGUCCAGUGUGUGGAGGGAGUGUUGGAUUACCCACGAUGCAGGCUGGGCAGGAGCUGUACAGUGAAUACGGAGCAUAUGGAAAGCAACAAUAUUCAACUACAGUCACGCCAGUCAAGAACUUCCACCUAUCGCUCUGGGGAUUUUAUUUUCUUUGAAUGCAAAUGGUGGCACAAACCACUUUCAAGAGCUGAGAAAUUUAGAGCAGAGUGCCUGGAUGGAGUGAUUACAUAUCCUACAUGUCAACCAAAAUCGUGUGGCUACCCAGUUAUAGAAAACGGCAGGUUAAGAUAUGACAUCCGCUCCCACUUUCCGAAGAGACUUGGGCAGAUUGUUGACUACUACUGUUUCCAAGAUUAUUUACCCCUCAACGGAAAUCCCUGGGGUCAAAGUUCGUGUUCUCUAAGGGGCUGGUCUCCAGCGCCAAAAUGCCUGAAGAAGUGUUAUACCAGGCAGCUGAUAAAUGGUUAUUUCCCAAGAGGCGGGAUGGAUUUUUACAAACAAGGUGAAAGAACUACAUACACCUGCAACCCUGGUUACCAUGCUGAGCACCAAGUCGUCACGUGCACAAUGAAUGGCUGGUUCCCUCAUCCCAGAUGUAUCCCUGACAUAAAAUGCAGGCAGAUCUAUGUUCCGAAUGGUUAUUUCACCACGUCAAGAACCGAGUUCCGUUUAAAAGAAGUGGCCCCGUAUAGAUGUAAUACUGGCUUUGUAACUGCAGAUGGACAAGAAAAAGGAGAGACACAGUGCCAAGUUAAUGGCUGGACCCCACCUCCAAAAUGCAUCAGUGAGUACCUAAACAUGUCAGAGCUCCCUACCAUUGUCACCAUCAUAGAAAUGGUGUCCUGUGGACUCAGAGUUUUGCCAUCCAGAUUGGUGGAGUUUUCUUACUGGGCAGAGACUCAAAUCUCUGAUCCUUCAGAGGUUAAUCAUUCUCAGGCUCUAGGAUAUACAGAGAGAAAACAUAAAGUAAAAUGCAGGCAGAUCUAUGUUCAGAAUGGUUAUUUCACCACGUCAAGAACUGAGUUCCGUUUAAAAGAAGUGGCCCCGUAUAGAUGUAAUACUGGCUUUGUAACUGCAGAUGGACAAGAAAAAGGAGAGACACAGUGCCAAGAAAAUGGCUGGACUCCACCUCCAAAAUGCAUCAACAUAUGUUAUACCAGCCAGCUGAUAAAUGGUUAUUUCCCAAGAGACGGGACGGAUUUUUACAAACAAGGUGAAAGAACUACAUACACCUGCAACCCUGAUUACCAUGCUGAGCACCAAGUCGUCACGUGCACAAUGAAUGGCUGGUCCCCUCAUCCCAGAUGUAUCCCUGACAGAGGACAAGAAAAAGGAGAGACACAGUGCCAAGAAAAUGGCUGGACUCCACCUCCAAAAUGCAUCAGUGAGUACCUAAAUGUGUCAGAGCUCCCUACCAUUGUCACCAUCAUAGAAAUGGUGUCCUGUGGACUCAGAGCUUUGCCAUCCAGAUUGGUGGAGUUUUUUUACUGGGCAGACACUCAAAUCUCUGAUCCUUCAGAGGUUAAUCAUUCUCAGGCUCUAGGAUAUACAGAGAGAAAACAUAAAGUACUGAGUUCAGAGCAUAGAUUUGAUCUCUUGAUUUCAGAGAAGGCCAGAGGCUGUGGACCUCCCCCUGAAAUUACCAACGGAAAUAUUGCUGGUGGCUCUGAGGAACAGUAUCAACAUGGGGACAGAAAGCACUAUGAGUGUAACAUGGAAUUUAAAUUGGUUGGAUCAAAGGAAAUAGAAUGUGUUGAUGGAGAGUGUUGCCUGUAUGUCUUGAAAGGAUCUCAGUAUAUCACUUGUACUGAUGGGCAGUGGUCAAGCCCCCCUGUUUGCCUAGUGGCCUGUACAGCAUCAGAAGAAGAUAUGGACAGAAACAAUAUUGAGCUGAAAGGGUCCAGAGAAACCAAGCUGACUUCCACAUCGGGUGACUAUAUUGAAUUUCGUUGUAAAGCAGGAUAUGUGAAAGAGCAAGAGCCUUCCCACUUCAGAGUCCAGUGUGUGGAGGGAGUGUUGGAUUACCCACGAUGCAGGCUGGGCAGGAGCUGUACAGUGAGUACGGACCAUAUGGAAAGCAACAAUAUUCAACUACAGUCACCCCAAUCAAGAACUUCCACCUAUCGCUCUGGGGAUUUUAUUUUCUUUGAAUGCAAAAGCGGGUACCGACAAGUUUCAAGAGCUGAGAAAUUUAGAGCAGAGUGCCUGGAUGGAGUGAUUACAUAUCCUACAUGUCAAUAUAUUAGCUGUGAUGUGCCAGAAAUUCCAAAUGGAUAUGUACAUUCUCCAAAGCAGUCUUACAAGGAAUCGGAAAUACUGCGGUUUUCCUGUAACGAUGGAUACAGCUUUGGUGACAGAUCAGAUGCAAUAUGCACUGAAACAGGAUGGGAUCCACCUCCCUAUUGCAUUGCAAAAUCGUGUGACUACCCAGUUAUAGAAAAUGGCAAGUUAAGUAAUGCAUAUGAGAACAACAGACACUCAUACUUUCCCAUGAGAUUUGGGCAGAGUGUUGACUACUACUGUUUCCAAGAUUAUUCAACCCCCACUGGAAAUACCUGGGUUCGAAGUUUUUGUUCCGAAAGGGGCUGGUCUCCAGAGCCAAAAUGCCUGAAAAAAUGUUAUACCAGGCAGCUGAUAAAUGGUUAUUUCCCAAGACACGGGACAGAUUUUUACAAAGAAGGUGAAACAGCUACAUAUGCCUGCAACAAUUAUUACCGUGCCGAGCAUAAAGAAGUCACAUGCACAAGGAAUGGCUGGUCACCUCAUCCCAGAUGUAUCCUGUUAAUUUCUGUGUAUAGUGGACGUCCUAAGCGUCCCUCUGCCCUAAUUGGCCGCGAACUCUCACAUCUCGGCACCGACAUUGCCAAGGAACUGUCACGUCUCAACACCGACAUUGCCCACGAACUGUCACGUCUCCACAUCGACUUUGGUGCUCUCAGUGGAGUUCGUCGUCACGAGGAAGGCAGCGGCAGAGAACAUGGUGCCGGUUACACACGCUUUUCAUCAGAAAAAUGCCAGUAUAUGUAUUUUGAGAAUGGUUAUUUCACCACAUCAAGACGAGAGUAUCGUUUAAAGAAAGUGGUCUCGUAUAGAUGUCAUCCUGGCUUUGUAACUGCAGAAGGACAAGACAAAGGAGAGACACAGUGCCAAGAAAAUGGCUGGACUCCACCUCCAAAAUGCAUCAAAAUGUCAUGUGGAAGUAUUCCAAAAGUUGCCAAUGCUCAGUUUGAAGGCAGAACCAAGGAAACUUAUGAGCCUGGUGAAACAAUUCGCUACGAGUGUGAUGCAGGGUUCCUCAUUGUUGGUUCCCCUGAAAUUCAUUGCAAAGAAGGAAAUUGGACACCACCGCCCUUCUGUGAAGGAAAAGGUGAGAAAUGUGGCCCACCUCCAGCUAUUGAAAAUGGAGAGGUUCUUUCCUUCCCCAGGCCAGAAUAUCAACAAGGUUCAACUCUGGAAUACAAAUGCCCAAGCCUGUAUGUCUUGAAAGGAUCUCAGUAUAUCACUUGUACUGAUGGGCAGUGGUCAAGCCCCCCUGUUUGCCUAGUGCCCUGCAUAGCAUCAGAAGAAGAUAUGGACAGAAACAAUAUUGAGCUGAAAGGGUCCAGAGAAACCAAGCUGUAUGUCUCAUCGGGUGACUAUAUUGAAUUUGACUGUAAAGCAGGAUAUGUGAAAGAGCAAGAGCCUUCCCACUACAGAGUCCAGUGUGUGGAGGGAGUGUUGGAUUACCCACGAUGCAGGCCGGGCAGGAACUGUACAGUGAAUACGGACCAUAUGGAAAGCAACAAUAUUCAACUACAGUCACACCAAUCAAGAACUUCCACCUAUCGCUCUGGGGAUUUUAUUUUCUUUGAAUGCAAAAGCAGGUACCGACAAGUUUCAAGAGCUGAGAAAUUUAGAGCAGAGUGCCUGGAUGGAGUGAUUACAUAUCCUACAUGUCGAAAAUCGUGGUUUGGAUAAAUGGAAAUGGCAUGAAGGAGGCCAGCUGCAGAAAUAAGAGAGCCCUCAGCCAACCCAGUGGUUUCAGCUCAGUUUUUCCUGGUGUUUCCCAUUUUGCUGUGCUCUGUUUGCAGCUUAGCCCUUGGAAUUUGUUAUAUUAUUUUUCUGAUUGGAUGAUUGUGUUUGCAUAUUAUCCACAUAUUAUCCAUUUUUGUAAAUGUAUUUACAUUUUGUCCAUCCAAAUGGCUGUGCUUGCCUUUUAUCCAUUCUAUACUGAUCUCACUGUUAUUUUUAUUAACAAUUGUGUCCUGAACUAGGUUGGCUUUGGUGGCAUACUGAGACAAGAAUUAAAGCUCGUGAGUAAUUUGAUUCUCA